CUCUGUUGAUCGCAGACUUAAGGUUUUCAACUCAGUCUCAUUUUUGUUCUGAAUCAGGGUAGUUCACAGAACCUCAUAAUGUUUCGCUUAUUGAUUUAUAUUCUUUUGGUAAUAGCAUUUGGCUUCUGCCGUCUAUGUGUCUCCGGAACGGGGUUUCAUAUAGCUGACAAAAAACGAAAACACACUGUAAAGGCUCGUAUAAUGUCCAACAUUAGCAUGACGCUCUAUUGGUUGUUUCAAAACUACUUACCAUUUGAGAUCAUUAAAGACGAACAUGAGUGGGAUGAAAUCAUAGGUGCUGAAGAGGUCGAAGUAUUUGCUUGGGACUAAAACUAAAAUGAUCUGCUU